AUGGCGCCUUCCCAGUUGCUCGAGAUUCCGCGCCCCAAGACGUUCCUCCAGAAAAUGUCCCUCCGUACCGGCGCGGAGAUUAUCACCUUCCUACAGGUCAUCAACAAAGUCUCGGGACUUUACGGCCUCCUCGCCCUCAUCACAGGUGCAAACAUCGACGGAUGGCAGCUGUCCAUGUACCUCUACUCGACCAUCGCCCUCUUCGCUACCGUCUAUCUCUACAAGCACAUCCGAUUACAAAGCCCGUUUGAGUGCGUGCUGUUGGCGCAUCUGUAUGCGCUGGACUCGGUCAUCAACGCCCUCUACACAGCCUUCUUCGGCAUCGCAUGGUUCUACGUCCUCGCUGCACACCCCGAAGACUCCACCGUACCAGGCGGCAAGGGCAUCUCGGACAACGCAGGAUUCACAAGCCCACAAUACAACGUUAGCCAGGUCGACAUCCUCGCCGCGCCAUCCGAAGGCAUGCCCUCUGGUCAGAAUGCCGUGGCAGUAGGUCACAAUGCACGACGCGGCGCAGCAGGCCUCGGAAACGUCGUCUUCCAGAGCGGAAGCAUCAUGAGCAUCUCCCUGAUCUCCGCCUUCUGGGCACUACGCGUCUACUUCGUCUUCAUCAUGCUGGCUUUUGCUCGACAAUGCCUCCGCCAACACAUCGCCGCAAACGCUUCCUCUGCUGCGUGGUACACGUCGAACAACAUGCAGACGUCCGCCGCCGAUCUGGCCGAGAACCCCUUCGCCGAGAGCAAAGAGGAGGGUCAUGGUUGGAAGGGCAAGGUCGGACGGGUCAUGCUGAGCGGCGCGCCCAAGUACUGGCUCGGUGCUGACGAGGGCGAGGACUGGAUGCGUGGGCUUGGCGGACGUUUCAGGAAGAGCACGCAGUUGGAGCAACCCAUUGGCUUCAGCGAGCGCGAGAGGAGGAGACGAUCUGGCACUGGUCCUCCGGCGCCGCAGUUGGCUGAUCUGCAGAUUGUGAGGUAG